AUGGCUUCUUUGAGCACUACCGGGUAUGGAACACAUCGUAGCGAAUGCCAGAACUUUCCCUGGGUGCAACAUGAGAGUUUCCACAAUCUCGAAUGUGAGGGUCAAGAAGUUGUUCCCAGAAUACACGCGAAGAUGGAGAAGGGGUUCUUCCUCUCCCCUGAUAGAUCCUGGACAUGCUACCGACGCAACUACUUCUCGGUCACUUGCUCAUUUGAGCUGACACCACACAUUGGAAAUGGAAGACUCUGCCUCAAUGGUCAAAGAGUCCAGGCCAUGGGUAUGAAGUUGACUGCGGCUGUCGAUGGACAAACUGGAAAAGGUGUCGAGCUUAUCCAACAUACGCCCAAACGCGACAGAGGUCCCAAGAAUGCGAUCCCGAUCAUCAAAAUUUCACCCACGCCGCCGAAUGGACGACCCGCCGAGUCUACUCUCAGCCCACACGGCGUCUACCAUGUACCGAUGUCUUCAUUCCAUGCCACUGGAGUCCCCACUGGUCCCCAUCUUCCCUUCCAAAACGCCCGCGACGACAGUCAACUGCCAAUGCCAGGCCAGAACAUCCAGCACACCUUCGAGCGCGUGCAAUUCAAGUCGGCAACAGCCAACAAUGGCAAGAGAAGAGCAUCCCAGCAAUACUUUCACCUUAUGGUUGAGCUCUGGGUUGACGUCCGCGAAGACGAAACCAGGAAGCCGAAGUGGGUCAAGAUUGCUUGUGCAAUCAGUGACAAGGUUGUGGUGCGCGGUCGCAGCCCCAGCCACUACAAAGCCGAGAAUCAAGGUGGUGGCUCUUCAUCUACUGGUCGCGGUGGAAGCACUGGCGGUUAUGGAGGCUCAAGUGGAGGCUAUGGCGGUAUGAGUCGUGGCAGCUUCAGUGGAGCUGGCUAUGCCACUGGACCAGGCAACACGGGCGGGUUCCGUGCCAGUCAACAAUACCAAUCGGCAACCUCGCCCGAGCAAGGCUAUUCCUCCAGCACUGGAUCGAGUGUGGCCGAGAUUGUUGACGUGAAGCACCCCAUCGAAGCCGAGCCAAGCCAUGACGAAGACAGCGCCAUGCAGGACUUUGCUGGCUAUCAGUACAUACCAACGACCUUGUACGAUGGCACUUCAGUGCAGGGCAAAGGCGAAAGCCCAAACUCGACCGCAGGAGGCGGACAGACAGUCGACAAAAAGGUGUCGAUCUGGGACGAGUAUCCCGAAGCGCUGCCUGGAACACAGUGGAGUAUGGGCAACUGCAAUCGCUUCCAGGGGGUGGAAAGCAGCAGAGGCUACUAUCCAGCAUUCAGCACGACUGGGUUCUGA